UCCUGUUCUGUAAGCGCAGCGGUAACAUGCGCUAAGACCAGUGUUGAAGGACAGCUGCUCGGAUGUUGUAUUCUAGCGAUUAAAACUCGUUUUCGUAAGUGCAUAUUAUUGCGCUGUGCUUUAGGAAGGGUCUUGCCGUUGACUGUGUUUUGAAAGAAAAAGAUGUUUAGAAAAAGUCAGAACCUAAAAUAUAUAUUAAGUCUUGUACCUGGAAAAAGACGUUUUGGGACGUACAGAUUUUUGCCCUUGUUCUUCUGUAUCGGGGGCGUCAUGGAGUGGAUCAUGAUUAACGUGAGAAUAGGAAAAGAAACGUUUUAUGAUGUAUACAGAAGAAAACAAUCGGAGCGGGAAUACCAACACAAGACUGAGGAGGGCUUGAUUGUGCUCACAGAGUCUGAAGCCAAAUGAGAUCAUCAGAAAACACUGGAAAUAAACGAUCACCAUGAUAAAGAGACUGAAAACAAAACCGUCUUGAGACUUUUGCACACUAACACACUUUUGAUAUCAUUCAGAAAUGGGGAUAUUAUUAUACAUCAACUGUAGGGCAGCUGUGACAUGGACUGCGUGAUUAUGAGGACAAAUGAGGUGCAGAAGGCUGCU